AUGUAUGGUAGUCGUUUGACUCGGGAAUCCCUUCGCCCAGCUAGAUCGUCCGUGCCUGGCUUAAGUAUUUGGCCUGGUACGCAGUCCAGUCCUCUUCUCCGGAUACCUCCAUUGAAUCAUGGUGAGAUAAAACCACCAAAAGCUCUGACUUCAAGUUUUAGUUUAGGUGGGACCUGGGUCUCUGGAGGCUUUACUGGUCAAGACUUCUUGGUCUUUGCUCGUGGCCUAAACCAACCACGGGCAAGGAGAGGUGUGGUGCUCCAGGCUUUAAAGAAGAAAGACCAGGCUUCAAGGGCUUUAGCUUUGAGGAAAGAAAGAUCCCAAGCUUAUGCUGAAUUUAGAGUGGAUGUGCCUUGGUCUUCUGUGAGUUCCAGAGAUUUAGAUCAAGGUAGUUCAGUUCUACGAGGCUAA